AUGGAAAGGGAAAGUGGUUAUCAUGGAACUGAGGGUGAAGCCACUUAUGUUCCUGUUGAGGCUGAAGUAGAACAACCUAUGCAGGGUGGUAUGAGAAGAGAACAGGAGUGCUUAACUGGUAUGCAGAAAAUGGAAAUGGCUAUAAUAGACUUGGCAGAACAAGACAAACUAUUUAUGGCGAGUCAAAUGAUGAUACAAGAAAGGCUGGAAAGACAACAGAAAUGGAAGAAAGGCUCUGAGUAUGAGAGGUUUAUCAAGUUAACAUCCCCAGAAUUUUCAGGUACUACCAAACCAGAAGAAACAGAGGGGUGGGUAAGAAGAAUGGAAUCGAUAUUUGCAGUGAUGGGUGCAGCAGAAGACCAGAAGGUAAACUUAGCUACAUUUAUGUUCAAAAAUGAAGCUAGCUAUUGGUGGAACACGACAAAACAUUUGUUGCUCACUCCAGGAGAGAAAGAGGUGAUAUUCUGGAAUCCAUUUGUUAAAGCUUUUUAUGAGAAAUAUUUCCCUCCAAUUUACAGAAAAGAGAAGGAACGGGAGUUUAUUCUCCUAAAACAAGAUAGAAUGUCUGUGGUUGAUUAUGAAGUUAAGUUUAUAGCUUUAUCGAGGAUCGCACCCAAGUUUGUACAGAAUGAAGAAGAUAAAUGUACAAAAUUCCAGGAUGGUUUAGAGGCGGCUAUUAAGUCUAGAGUUUCAGUGUUUGAGGAAACAGAUUAUAACAGACUUGUGAAUAAAGCCAUGAUUGCCGAAAGGGAUGUGAAAGAAUUGCAAGAAAGAAGGGAACAAUACAAAAGAAAUAGAUCUGAGCCGUUACAGUCAAGAGGAGGUGAAGGAAUUGCAAGUCAGAAAAGUCAAAGGUCGCGGUAUGGAAGGGGAAGGGGUGGUGAAUCUCAAGGCCAGACAUCAAGUAUUGGAAGAGGUCAAGGGCUUUUCGAACAACAAUCUGUACAACAAGGUAGUUUUGGAGGACGUGGUACUGGCAGGGGGUGUUUUCAGUGCGGAAGGGAAGGUCACCAGAAGAAGGAUUGUCCUAUCUUGAAAGUAGAAGAGUGCUAUCAUUGCCAUCAGCCGGGUCAUCGGAAGAGAGAUUGUCCUAUGUUGACAGGAAUGACCUCAGUGGGCAGUGUUGCUGGUUCUGUUAGAGGUUUUGCACAGGGGAACUUGUCAAGAGGAGGUAAGGGUGUUACAAGUGGUUCGCAAGCCCAGGGAAGAGUGUUUGCUAUGACACUUCAGGAUGCUCAAGCAACACCAAAAGUGGUGACAGGUACACUUUCUAUUUUGGAUAGAAAUGUUAUUGUGCUUAUUGAUCCUGGCUCAACCCAUUCAUUUGUUGCAUCAUCUAUUGCUAUGCAUUUGGGUAGACCACUUUCAUCAUUAGAUAGUAAAUUGUUUAUUUCUACACCAAAGGGAUAA